AUGGGGGGUUCGCACAGCACGCAGACAGCCGUCGUUCCCUCGUUGCCAUUCGAGUAUUCUUUGCCUCCGUUCCGCCGUUAUUACGCGCGAACCGAACAGCCGCAGCAGCAGCUGAACCAACGCUUCUACGACAGUUAUGUAUCUCGGCUCGCUAGCAGAGGAUCCACUACCGAUGGAGCGCAGUCGCCUGUCACCAUCCAUGACAUUCGUGGCGAUUUCGGUCCGUUACCCGAGGAAAGCGAUGACGAUACGACUUGUCCCAUUUCUGUGACCGACGAUUCAAGCCUGGACCUUCAUCGCUUCGCCGCUUCCCAACUUCCUGAUGCUUCUCGUAAAAGCUGUGGUCGGAAGCAUUGCCAUAGAUUGAAAUCUUUCACGGCGUCUCUGUUCCACAGAUCGGGAACAAAAGUGUCUGGCAGUAACAGCAUGUUCAGCGGAUUCAGCAUUGCAAGCUUCCGGUCUCUCGUUUCUUCUAAUAACUCAAUGGACAACUUUCUGCAUCCCGCGAUGUCCUUGAAGGACGACUUAAAACUUACCCUCGACGUUACCAGUGUCGGGCGAUGUAAAAGCCGAUGUUUUUGUGCCUCCUUACGGUUUUCCUUUUCAGCGAGCAUAAGCAGCUUGAAUUCUCUUUCCGAUGGUCGUACACCCUGGCCUAUUCCAUGGUUGGAGGGUAUAUUUUUACCUGAAUUCCCUAACAAAGGGCCUUUGAUUUCAGCAUUUCAGAUCAUCGGGAUAAUUGCGAAAGGAAAGUUUGGAACGGUUUACCGAGCGAAGUUAAAAUGUGCCACCACUUCCUUUUUUGCCGUCAAAGUGCAGAAUAAGUCGCAUGUUCUCUCUGAAAAUGCAGUUCAGCAAGUGAAGGAUGAAGUAACGAUUCAUAGACUGCUUAGUGGUCUAUCUUUCGUCUGUAAUCUCUACGGCACCUGGCAAACUCGUAGCCAACUUUUCAUGGGUAAGUUGCUCUGUUUGAAAUCACAGUUUUUAACAAGCUGCGCUUUAGCGCUUGAAUACGUUCCAGGUUGUUGCGAUUUACAUGAAUUCUGGUUUGAAAACAAACCUCUUUCAGAAAAGUUGGUGAAGAUAUGGGCCGCAGAAUUGGCAACUGUUUUGAACUGUAUUCAUCGCAGGAAUAUUGUGUACAGAGAUCUAAAAAUGGAGAAUAUCAUGUUAGAUGACAAAGGCCAUAUUCAGUUAAUUGAUUUUGGAUUGUCUAAAUGGUUGGAUAGCACUAGCAAAACAAGAACGAUAUGUGGAACCUUGCAGUACAUGGGUAAGAUAUGGACCAAGCAGGAACACAUCUGUAUAUAUCUUAUUACAGCGCCGGAAAUCCUCAGUGGGCUCGGAUAUUCUCAUGCAGUUGACUGGUGGAGUCUUGGGGUUCUUUUACACGUGCUUCUGACAGGGUUGUACCCGUUUACCGUUGAAUCUGUUCAUAAUUUCUCAUCAGAAGGAGAUUAUAUUCCUCCUGCUAAAUUGAGUUCAGAAUUCCAGUCAUUAUUGAGAAAGCUGCUCUGUAAAAAUCAAUUCGAUCGACUGCAGACUCUUCAAGCAUUUCGAGGAGAAAAACUGUUUAGUGACAGCUGUAAUGAUAGAGACCUUUUCAACGAUAUGGAGGUUCGAAAGGUAGUCGUGUAUUAUGUGCCUGAUUAAGU